AUAAAAUAGUGAUCUUGGUUGGCGAUUUUAUUCUGGCAUUUAAAUUGGCAGAAAGUCAUAUUUUGGUGGGACAAUAUGAUUUUUGUAUCAUUAACUAUAUUUUUCUCAUUUAUAAAUAUGGUCAGUGCGGAAAUCUUUGGAGAUUACAAUUGUACUUAUUUUGUGAACUUUGCUACCACUGAUGUGUUUAGAUAUUCUCCAUCCGCUGUUUCUUGCCCGAACUUAAUCUCGGACGCGGCCUGCGCUGUUCUUUACCCACCUGUUGGUAACCCUCCAAUUCCUGAUCAGUAUGCAAACAGACCGCUGCAAUGCUAUACUACAGGCACAGGUAAAACAGCUCCAAUUGUAGAAGAUAUGAAAAGGGUAGCUGUAGCUACCUGUCCUAAAAGCUGUGGAUAUUGUUGUCUGACACCCGAAUACAAAUGCUCCAAUGUUGCGUAUCCUCGUCUCAACUGUGCCACCAUCACACAGGCCCAAUGUAACUCACUUUCCUGGAGAACUAUCAUUGCACAAGAUUGCCCCAAUUCAUGUGGCUUCUGCAACAUGGGAGGAUGCGUGGAUGCCAUCAUGGAUUGUGCGAAUGACGUCUCAAUUUGCAAUGUAGUCGGAAUGCAAGACUUUGUCAAUCAGUAUUGCCAGAAAACCUGCGCAAGAUGCCCAUCUACAACUGCUGCUUCGGCUCUUGCUGCUGCUGUUGCUGCUUCUUCAUGUACGACAUAUGCUGCCGAUUCGAGUCCUUCGUGUGCCGCCUGGGCGAAGAAUGGAUUCUGCACAAACAUGUCUUACACAUUGGCACAGAGAAAAUCAUUUUGUGCAAGAAUUUGUCGAAUCUGUUAAAACCAAACCUAUAUAGCUAACGAUAAACUAUUAUUUAUU